AGCACGAGCACGAGCACAAGCACCAGCACUCGCAUGCAGACACAGAAGCAAAAACGUGGUUUCAAGGCCACAUUUUUCCAGUCAACGGUCCUACUAGGCAGUACGCGCUGCUAGGUGUCCCUGCACAAAACCCGCCGCAUAUCCACGGCUGCAUGGUGUCUGAUCACGACACACCCAUGUAUUACGAUGUCUACGUGUCCGAAUACACCAAUGAUAGCAAUUAUAAGGUCGUUUUUUGCGCUAUGAACGUUGAGCGCAAUGGUGGAUCAGGAGAUGCCGUUGAACUUAACAUGGAAAGCAGCAGCGCGAUGGCGCCGACCAAUACUGCUGUUCAUUCGACAGCGCAGGCAAUAAAGACGCUGAGGCUGUCAACGACAAAGAUGUUAACUGGCAACCAGGCUCGGCAGCACCUGACAAAGUACGCGCCCGACGCCUUGGCAAAGUACGACGCGGUUGGAGCAACGAGCAAUAUUGAAAACAAAGAAAUUGUUGUGUGCAUGGGCGGGGUCGCCAUGUUCUUUUAGGCAAGUGCAGCACAAUGGUUAAAGCAAUUGCAAUUCUUUUGUUUUAUCGAGCCCUUGUGGUUUAUUUAAUAACAUUGGCCAAAAAUGAUAAAGCCGAAGUAGACUGCCUGAUAUGCAAGUGUACAUAAAAAUAUGUGAACAGAAGCGGAGCAUUAAUGACCAAAAAACGGGGACCAUGGUUUUCGACCUCUCAUUUUCAUAAUGCUAUGUGCAGUUGAUACAAACCAUAGUACUUUGGCAAAUGAAAAGCGUUUGUAUUUAAAUACAAUUGGCAACAUUAAUUUAUGCAUGUUUGCUCUGC